GUCUUACAGGUGUACCCGGCUCUGAUUUGCAUCUUUAUUGGUUGAUGUUUAGUAAUCUUCUUGCUUUGGGUUCUCUCAUUAUUAAGGAAAUUACCUGAUCGCUGUUUGCUUUUACAAACUGAAAAACCACUGAAAUGUGUUCCUCUUGAAGCUAAAACAACCCUAGGCCAGUGGUUCUCAAUCCUGGUCCUGGAGGGCCAGUGUCCAGCAUGUUUUAGUGGUUUCUCUGCUCCAACACACUUGAUUCUGUGGUUAAAUAACCCGUUGAGCAGCUCCUCAGGCUCUACCGAAGCCUGUUAAUCACCUGCUGAUUGAAAUUAGUGUGUUGGAGCAGGAAAACAACUAAAACAGGCUGAAUACCCGCCCUCCAGGAGUCAGGACCCCGCAAUAAACAGGGCAGCAGUAACUCAGCAGGUAGUUUUCCAUCGGAAUGUUGUUUGAUCCCAGCUCCUGGCAGAGAAUUCUGUUGUAUCUUUGAGAAAGACCAGCUUUUCCUCCUGGUGGUGGAGGGACCUUUGCUCAGAAACCUCGCUUCCGUCACUGCGCCCCAGGGCAGGUGCGAUUGUAUUGUUGUAACUUAUCACCAUCAUCGUGUGAAUGGAUGAAUGAUUCACUCUAGUGUAAAGUACUGGCCAUUUAUCAUAAACCCACCAAAGUUUAUGUUCGAUCCCAUGAGUUAAACUCGUAUUUUAAAUAUUUAUUUUGGUUCAUUUUUCUUAACCAUUCCAUCAAGAUUCAUCUACAGCAGGGGUACUACUCUUCCCCGAAGGCCAGGAUCCAGCAUGUUUUAGUUGUUUCCCUGCUGCCACACACCUGAUUUUAAUCAGCAGGUGAUCAAGAGGCGUCUGCAGAGCCUGAUGAAUAGAUUAAGUGUGUUGGAGCAGGGACACAACCAAAACAUGCUGGGCACUGCCUCUUGGGAAAGGUAACUGUAGCCUGGCCUGCCACAGGACGCAUUUGGCAGGCCAGGCUAAUGGGCCAUUCCCAUCUGUACCUGGUCGGCCCUGCCCGGAUAGCUCCAGUAGGCCCCAGCCUGGCCCAGUUGAUUCCACACAUCCUUGCUUAGGUAUGCAAGGAAUGCAGUCAGACAUUUUCAGCUUCUAGGUAAUCAGCAUAAUGAAUGAUAAUGAAUUGAGCAUGCCUUAAGCCCAUGUGGGCUGAUUCGACCCACCAAUCAGAGGCUUGCUGUAAUGGAAGGUGUGAAUUUGCUGUCAGCAGUGGGUGUGCUGGCCCUGGUCAGCCUGAAGCAGACCACCUCAGAAAGAGGGCUGAAAAACAGUCUUGUUGCACCCUGAAAAAAAGGCAGGCCACCAAGAUAUGUAAGCAAGCUAUGCUAUCCGGGCCGGGCCGACCAGGUACAGAUGGGAACGGCCCAUAAGGUAACUGACCAUCCCUGACUUACAGGCUAACGUCAAUAAAACAUAAAAUGACAAAAUUUUAGGUCUUUCUAGAGCAGUAAUACAAUUUAAUUGGCCUGCAGUACUUAAAUCGCCCACAAGUGGGCAGGAGACUUUUACAAAAAAUCAAAGACACACGAUUAAGAAUGUACUAAUCAUGUUAAAGAGAUUAACUGUGUGUAGUAAAUGUGACUCAUUUGGCCCUGAAGAGUUAAACUGGUUUAAACUACAUUGUGUGUUGGAAACUCAGAAAUAAAAGUCAGUAAUAUGCUCUUUUUUUACUUUAUUGUAAAUUUGAUAAUAUCUGGAUAUGUAUUUGUCUUGAAAGUUCUAGAAAGCCUUUAGUAUCACGCUGAGAAACAUUUAUCACCAGAUAAAUAACAGAUCGGUGCGGUCCUCUCACACCCUCUAGUUCAACAAACACUGGCGACACCUGCUGGACGCAGCGGGGUUUUACACCCGCACAUUAACGCCCAUCUUUAAUUUUAUCCGAUAAAAUCCAAACCUGAGCUGAUCAUAAAACGUCCGGAUCUCUUUAUACCACCAGUGUGCGACUUUAGACGUAUAAAGAGACCCCGCGUCUCCCCGGUUCUCCUCCACCGGAUCCUCCCCGUCUCUCCGCCUGAGUCCGCCCCCCUCGUCUCAUCUGUCGGACGGACUCGGCGCAUCCAGCAGCAGCCGCAGACCACCAGAGAAGAGAAGGAGCAGAGGUUGCAUUUGAUCACCUGGAGCCAUGAUCGACCUGAGCCACCUGACAGAGGAGGAGCAGGAGGCCAUAAUGAUGGUGCUGAAGAGAGACGCUGAGCUGAAGAAGGCAGAGGAAGAGAGGGUCAGAAAUUUGGAAAAAAUCCUGCCCAGCAGCUCCCAGCCGGAGGUCAAGCUGAAGUAUCUGACGGGAGAGUGGUUUUACGAGGCCAAAUCUCGCAGACACAACGAUAAAAUCCACGGAUCUGAGAUUAUUUUGGCAGCCAUGAAGCAAAGGAAGACAGGAAGUUUAGAUGGGUCUCUUAGAAUGGACAGACCCAAGAUCAGUAGCAGGCGAGGUUCAGACACCGUGGCUCCGCCCAAACCUGUCAGAUGUUUGGAGGCGUCACCGCCACAAGACAGAAACAAUGCGGAAAAGGAGAAUCGUUACUCAGGAGUUCGCUCUCCCAGAGUGCCCAGACACAACCCCUUUAACCGAGCGUCUCUUAUAGUUGUGGAGCCUCCUGUAAAUAAUCAGGACAUGUCGAUCAGUCGGGGCCAGAACCUGCAGGAUACAGAGCCCAUUUCAGCCCUGAAGAAUCACUCAGCAGGUGACUCCGGUCACACUUCAGGCGGCUCCAUCACAUCUGAUGGCUCGUCUGUCGGAUUCAGGCCGGUGCCGAAGAAGAGGACGCUCCUCACGAGAUGCAGCACCAACCAGCUGGGGUCAGAGACUCAGCUCAAACAUGCAGAGGUUGUUCCUGCUCCAAGACGGCGCCUCCAGCAGGGUUCCGGCGAGAGCUCCAGCCAGUCCUGCCUUAAGAUCCAAGAUGAAAGUGCUUUAAAUAAGUCUGCUCAGGCACCUAAAGCAGCAGGAGGAAAUUCCCAGCAGCCACCCUGUGAUGCAUCUAAAACCUCAUCUGAAACUUUCAGACCAUCUCGCACCGGGAGCAAUGUGACGGCCGAGUGGAGAGAAGAUCCGGAUGAUCAGAACCAACACAUGGACAUUUUUAACCUGUCCAGCAGCAAAGUUCAAGUUGAAGAAAGCAGCAGCAGCGUGGGAACAUCAGCGAGGCAGGAGGCACUGAGUCUGCCCCAAAGCAUCAUGGAUCCUCCCACAACUUAUGAUCUGAACUUUAUUGAUAAGUCCGAUCAGCAAAAGCACAAAUCCAGCAAGACGGGGUUUUUUAAAUUGUCCACGCCAACCACAAGCCCUACCGGUGAAGACGGAGAGGCCAUCGCCAAGGUGCUGGACUGGUUCGACCGUAGCACAGACAGCAGUGAUUGGCUGGAGUCAGAGGAAAAUCCCAAGGCUGCAGAGAGCUUUGACCGGCCAGCGGCCGACAGCAAGUCCAGAGCUGAAGAUUCCUGCUCUGGAGGUGUGAGUGAAAGGAAGCUGGAAAAGGCAAAAACAAGGGGUCACAGGAAAGGAAGCAGGGAGCUGGCUGAAACACAAGAAAAUGUUAGGAGGGAGCACACCGAUGAAAGUGGGGAUGAAAGCCGGCCUCUGAAAAUCUCUCAUCUGAAGUCUUUCUGGGAGAAAAGCAACCCAGGUCCAAAGAUACUUAUCAGCAAAUCAGUGACGCCUGGCGAGAAAGGACUGAACCCGGCUCACAUUUCUCAAGAGAAUUACUCUGAUUUGUCCUCAGUUCCAGAACGGUACAGCGGGAUGGGCAUGCACAACAAAUACAGCCCCAGAAUAAUAGAUGAAAAAGAGCAUCAGCUGGUCAACCGCCAAGUCAUCAGCACGGUCAAUAGUCACCAGCAGGAAGAACAUCUGAUGAUUCAUUCAACCCAAAUAAACAGCAAUGACUCGGAUCAUCUAAACUCACAGCACACGCCUGAAAUAAUCCACAGGAAACCUUUAGAUGUCGAGACAUUAAACACAGCAAGGCAAAGUUCUUCAGACAGAACCAUCAUGGAUCAUAAGAACGUCUCCCUGUUCAAACCCAAGCUGCAGUCGGACAGCGAUUCAGAAUCAAAAGAGUCAUUACUGCUGUCUGACACUCGCUCCGUGCCUCAGUUGGACCCAGAAACAAGGGUCAGGACAGAGUCUGAGAUGCUGGUUUUGUCCAAAAAUAUUCCCUACAUGGACUACAAACAGGGUGGGAGCGAGGAGCAAGUCAGGCAACCAAUUCCCAGAAGUUCCAGUGAAGACAAAAGCAUCCAUUCAGCUUCUCCUAAAAGAAAAGAUGAUGCUUCCAAUAAAGACAGGACACAUAGUUCCCACUUAAACAGGCAGGCGUUACAUCAUCAGGAGAGCACAGCGGAGAAGAUAAAGCAACUCAAAUCCUUCUGGGAACAGGAGCUCAACAAGCCCACGUUUUACUCCGGAAAACCCAGAGCUCUGGGAGACGGGAGAGUCGCUCAAGGAGCAAGUCAGGCCAGGCUGAACAAAAGAUUCACAAAGUCCGAGUUUGACUUGACGUCAGUUGGAAAUGAGUCAGGCAGUGACAAUGAAGGUGGCGUCAGAACUCAUUCAAAUUUUACUGUUGUCCCAUUAAAUCAGAGGCUGGACAAGAUGCCCCCGAACCUCGGCACCAGUCGGGCUCAGUUCAACACCCUUAGGGAGUUUUGGGAUGAGGCCUCGUCUGACUCGAGGGGAUUGCUGGUCAAUGAGAAACCCAAAAGCCCCAGGAGAAAAGAGCCGCUGCGAAGUCAGCUCUCAUCUCAAGAGUUAAAGGGCGCUGAUCUGGAGAUUUAUCACUCAAGUCCCGCUGUCGAAAAAUCAAAAGGAGUUGUCACAAAGUCCCACGAGUCCCCUCAGAACCAGUCCAAGUCUCCACACAACAGACGGAACAACAGCAAAAACAAUGUGGCCGGUUACAUCCCAGCUGAGACGGGGCAGCCGAAACAAACCAAGAGGAGCUCAAAGGACUCCAAUCGAGAGGAGAAGUUCACAAAACCACAGAGCAGCUUAGGCAAAGAGAUCCGGUCUCCAAAGACCAGAAAGGACAGCUUUGGUGUUUCCAGCAGCCGUGGGAAUUCUCUGCGUCGUGCCACGAGUAUGUUCGCUCUGGCAAUCGAUGAUGAAAAAGCGCCAAACCUGCUGAGAAUGGAAGUAAAUCCCAUCUGCUCUCAGAGCCGAAAGCCCAGGCAGAUUCCAGAGAAAGGCCCUUUGACCAGGAGAACAUCCAAUGAGCCUGAAACGGCGGCUCCACUCGCUCGGGCAUUUGUUCCAACAGACUACCGCCACUAUCUGGGGAUGAUGGAGCCGGCCAGCGUACACACCACACUGGCGCCUGUAGUCAAGGACGAGGGGUCGGAGGUCAAGCCUGGCUAUGAACUUGACCUGAGUGGACCAGUGAGGGCCAGCACGCCAGUGAGCUCGGAGGAGCGUUACAACAGGAAGUCAAACAAGACGAACCAGCGUCCAUCAUUGGCGAACUACAGCGAGUCGGACACUGGUCAGGACUCAUCAAUCAGCAGCACGUCAGAAACCUGGUCCAGCUCAAGGAACACCUUGAACCGAGCAAACGCCGUCGGUGACCAGAAUCCUGUGUGGGAAGCUCUACGCCGAGCUGCGGCUCGGCCUAAAAAUCUAACCAAGAGUUUGGAGGACAUCACAGCAACCAUAUCACCACGACAAGAGAGAAGACCCGACCAAAUUGCUGAUCUCAGGCGAAGCAGUAACGCUGCUGUCAUCCAAUCGCCCUCCUCGUCGUCCUUUGCUGAUCCAGACCACCUGAAGAAGAUGAGCAAAUCCGUUCCGUCGUUCUUACAGAAGGAGGACCUGGAUGUAGACACUGACCCCAGCUACGCACAAGACCAACUAACACCAAGCAGCUCCAUGACGAUGCUCAGCGGCUCCUCUGGCGUGCCGUCUGUAUCGUCCCUGAGUGGAAGCGUGAUCACCAUGUACAGUGGUGACUUUGUGGAGGUUCAGGGAAACAUCCAGUUCUCCAUCAACUAUGUCCAGAGGCUCAGAGAGUUUCACAUCUUUGUUGCCGAGUGCCGCAAUCUGGCUGCAGUUGAGUCGAAGAGGAGCCGCUCGGAUCCGUAUGUGAAAAGCUACCUGGUUCCUGACAAAGCAAGCCUUGGAAAAAGAAAAACAUCUGUGAAGAAGAAGACACUGAAUCCAAAGUUCAAUGAGAUCCUGAGGUAUCGCGUUCGCAUGGAAUACCUCAGGACCCAGACUCUUGUUCUCUCGGUCUGGCAUCAUGACACCUUUGGCAGGAACAGCUUCUUGGGAGAGGUAGAUGUGGACCUGUCCAAGUGGGACUUUGGCCACACCCAGAUGAAUUACUUGGCUCUCAAAGCACGGACGUUGCCUUCCAUUGCACCUUUAAAUGGGGGGAGAGGAGAGAUGAGACUGGCGAUCCGUUUUCUUCCUCAGAUCACCCACAGUGAAGGGCUAACAAAAGAUGUUGCCAGCACCGGAGAGAUUCACAUUUGGGUGAAGGAAUGCAAGAACCUGCCUUUAAUCAGAGCCACCAUUGACCCCUAUGUUAAAUGCUUCGUCCUGCCAGACACGAGCAGGAAAAGUCGACAAAAGACUCGUGUUCUCCGGAGGACCGUGGAGCCGGUGUUUAACCACACCAUGGUGUACGAUGGCAUCAGUGAGGCUGAUCUGAGUGACGCCUGUGUGGAGCUCACCGUCUGGGACCGAGACAGGCUGGCAAGCAACUUGUUGGGCGGUCUGAGGCUUGGCGCUGGAACAGGAAAAAGUUACGGGGCUUUGGUGGAGUGGAUGGACUCAGGCCCAUACGAGGUGGCCCUCUGGGAACGAAUGAUCGCUUCCCCGAAUGAAUGGGUGGAGGACGUGUUGCCACUGAGAAUGCUAAAUUCAGCUAAAACUGCUUUCAAAUAGGGAUACGAAACGGCUACAAACACUAUGCAUUUAUCUGAUAAUUAAAUAAGCUAUACAAGUAUUGCUUCAUACUUUUUAAUUCUAUUUAAAUGGAGGAAAAAAGCUGGUACAAAGUAGUGAAAUUCAAAUGUUGGGACUGAUUUUGAUGAAAACCAGAAAAGAACAGAUUUUUUUUACUAAAAAUUUUAACUGAGUUUGUCAGAAAUGAAUUAAGUAUAUAUGACAUAUAAAGUGAACUUUACAAUAAUACUCACCAGAGUAUUAUAUGACUCCAUAUGAAGAAUGGUUGAUUUAAGAUUAUAAUGUAGAGAUUUCAGCACCGUGCCCAUCAUAUUUAAAUCCAUUUUUUGAAAUGGCCAAAAUUUAAUGCAAGUCUAGAUAUUUACAUUGAUUUGACCGUAUUGACCCACACUAGGUUUGAUACCAUAAAUAACAGGAUUCAAAAUGCUCUUAAACCUUGUAACUAAAGAAAUGCAAUAAAGAAUCUUUUAAAAUUUC